AUGAAAAAACACGAAUAUCAUCUACAGCUGUACAGAGAGAAAGACACGAAGAGAAUAUACUUUAUCACAGGCGCAGGGCUGAUUGCAGGAAGUAUUCUUGGUGGAGUGCAGGGUAUACUUUCUGCCCUGCGAAGAACCCAUGGAAAGAAGAGAGGAAUGGAGUACUUUGCUGUGAAAAGUGCGCAGCGUCUUGGAAGUGCAACUGCAAUUGCAAGCUGUGCGUUUGCUGUCAGUGAGCACCUUCUCUCGCAGAUUCCUCAGACUGCAAGUGUUCUUACGCGCAUGCUCGAAUAA